CAUCCCAAACCUCUCAUUACCGAAGUUGCACUGAUGCUAACGAUGAGGCAAGGACCAAUAAGCCCCUACGUCAUCCAACUAUAUGAGUGGUUUGAGCACCCUCAAGUAUUUACUCUCGUGAUGGAGAAUCCGGAUCCCUGCGAGAGUUUGUUGGACUUCAUCAACAAGAAUCCUAACAUGAAUGAGAAGACAGCACGCCUCAUUAUGUGUCAGGCGGUGCAAGCAGUACAGCACUGCAUUGAGUGCGGUGUUUUUCAUAACGAUAUUCAUCCAGAGAAUAUCCUGUUGAGAAAACACACUUUGGAGAUCAAGUUGAUAGACUUUGGCUGUGGUCAUCUACUUAGUAGUAAUGGCUAUGAUCGCAGUCAAUAUAGAGGAAUACAGGCUUACUUCCCACCUGAGCUCUUCACCUGUGGCAGAUUCUACGCCGUCUCUACAAACGUCUGGGCUCUAGGAGUGUUAUUGUAUGAGAUGGUGAACACAUGUUCUCCAUUUUGCAAUAUAACGGAAAUCACGCAAGCCAAAAUUAAGUUUGAAAACCCAGAUUUAUCCAAAGAAUGCCGUGAUCUGAUUGUCCAGUGUCUAAACCGUGAUCCAACUGAACGGCUGACCUUCGAGCAGAUCUUGCAGCAUGACUGGUGUAAAACAGUGGAUCUAGAAGAGUCAGAGGAUUGAAACAGCAUU